UAUCAGCGACCAAGUCUCCUGCUGGACAGAAAAUACAAGAAGCUGAGGAGGAGCUAAGCUAUCUGGGGUUUGUGACAGACGUAACGACCGAUAUCCUCGCGAGAGGAAUCUUCACGAACAAGAUUCUCAAGCAAGUGUUCCAACAUCACGUUCACAAGCAAAAGGGCCGCUUAAAACUGAGUCGUCUUCGUGAGUUGAUCACACAGCUGCAGGACGACCUAGGAAUACCUGAGAGCGAGAACUCAGAUGAUGAGGGUGUUGGUCUAGGCAGCACCUCUCCUCGUGGCACUCCAUUAUGGAAAAAAGGCACCGACAGCACGGCUAGUCUGACGUGGCGACGCGCGGACGACCCUUCUUCCUCUAUCAUCGACAUGAGUGUCAUAGACCGAUUGCUCGCUGAGGAAGACAGCAACGACGACGGAGGAGGAGGAGGAACCUCCCGCAGCACGAACAACCAAACGUUCUCCGUAGAGGAGAUGAACGGCGUCGCGAACGGAACAGCGAUCGAAGGAACCUCCGCAAACGGAACAACGAGGGAGAGAUCGACGGCAAACGGAACGGCGAGGGAAGGAACCGCGGAAAAUAGAACAUCGACGGAAGGAACGGUCGUAAACAGAACAACGACGGCGGAGGGAACAACGACGAACGGCCGAACCUCGCCCGGAACGAACGAACCGCGCGCGUUGCCGUUGGAACGGCACGCCACCCCGCCGAAACCGCCGCCUCGUGCCUCCGCAAGGAACCAACCGGCGAAACGCGUGACCACUGCAUCGAGCCGGCAGAGCGACGGGGGGGAGGGGGAGCGGCGGGGCGACGAGGACGGACGAAUUUCUCGCGACACGAGCGGGGGCGCCACCGACUACAGCGUCGAGGCGUUCGAGGAUGGUAGCGACGAGGACGAGGAGGAUGGAGGCUCCGCUAGUGAUAGCAGCAGUGACAGUGCUGCGGGGGCGGGGGCAAGCGACGACGACGACGACGACGACGAGGAUUGCCUACAGAGUGGUGAUUCAGGAGAUGGCAGCAGCGUUGAUUUCUGAGAGAAAAACGGGUGUUUGCUGCCGGGCGGGGGUCACCACCGUGAGUGGUGUGUCACGAG